AUGGCGACCUGCCUGCGGCUGCGGAGCUGCCCGGCUCCGCACCUCCGGCGGGCACCUCCCAGCCGGGUCUGCCGCCCCCGUGCCGACUGCCCGGUGGCCCCGAUCCGCUGCUACGCCCGAGGCCCGGCGGGCCUCUCCUCGGCCCUGCUGCGCACCGACGGCUUCGUGGGCGGCCUCUGGGUCUCGGCAGCCGCCACCUUCCCGGUGCACGACCCGGCCAGCGGCGCCGAGCUGGGCUUGGUGGCCGACUGCGGGGUGCCGGAGGCCCGCGCCGCCGUGCGCGCUGCCUACGAGGCUUUCUGCAGCUGGAGGGGGGUCUCGGCCAAGGAGAGGAGUUCUUUACUUCGCAAGUGGUAUGACUUAAUGAUACAAAAUAAGGAUGACCUUGCCAAGAUAAUUACAGCUGAAAGUGGAAAGCCACUGAAGGAGGCACAGGGAGAAAUUCUCUAUUCUGCCAACUUCCUGGAGUGGUUUUCAGAGGAAGCCCGCCGUGUUUACGGAGACAUCAUCUCCACCCCAGCGAAAGAAAGGCGGGCUCUUGUCCUCAAGCAACCCCUCGGCGUGGCUGCCGUCAUCACCCCGUGGAAUUUCCCCAGCGCCAUGAUCACGCGGAAGGUGGGGGCCGCCCUGGCAGCCGGCUGCACGGUCGUGGUGAAACCUGCCGAGGACACGCCCUUCUCUGCCCUGGCCUUGGCGGAGCUUGCAAACCAGGCUGGAAUUCCCCCAGGUGUGUACAACGUGAUUCCUUGCUCUCAAAAGAAGGCCAAGGAAGUAGGGGAAGCACUUUGUACAGAUCCUCUCGUGUCUAAAAUUUCCUUUACUGGUUCGACAGCCACUGGAAAGGUCCUGUUGCACCAUGCAGCAAACUCCGUGAAGAGGGUGUCCAUGGAGCUGGGUGGCCAUGCUCCAUUCAUCGUCUUCGACAGUGCCAACGUGGACCAGGCUGUCGCCGGGGCCAUGGCCUCCAAAUUUAGGAACUCUGGACAGACUUGUGUUUGCUCCAACCGUUUCUUGGUGCAAAGCGGUAUCCACGACUCCUUUGUGAAAAAAUUUGCUGAGGCAAUUAAAACAAACCUGCAUGUGGGUAAUGGAUUUGAAGAGAGAACUACUCAAGGCCCAUUAAUUAAUGCAAAAGCGGUAGAAAAGGUAGAGAAACACGUGAGUGAUGCCAUUUCCAAAGGGGCCACCGUUGUGACAGGUGGGAAGCGACACCACGUUGGGGAAAAUUUCUUCGAGCCCACCCUGCUCAGCAACGUCACCCGAGACAUGCUCUGCUCUCAGGAAGAGACUUUUGGGCCUGUGGCGCCUGUUAUCAAGUUCAACACAGAGGAGGAGGCGGUGGCGAUCGCUAACGCGGCCGACGUCGGGCUGGCAGGUUAUUUUUACUCUCAAGACCCGGCCCAGAUCUGGAGGGUGGCGGAGCGGCUGGAAGUGGGCAUGGUUGGUGUUAAUGAAGGACUCAUCUCCUCCGCGGAGUGCCCUUUCGGCGGGGUGAAGCAGUCUGGCCUUGGGCGAGAGGGCUCCAAGUAUGGCAUCGACGAAUAUCUGGAGCUCAAGUACGUGUGCUUCGGAGGCUUAUAG